GUAUGAAUUCAUGUGCGUGCACGCGGCCGUUGGGAACUUGGGAUGGUGUUUUCCUCUAGGCGAGUGUACCCACUUUUGAAAUACAGCUAUGAUAGUUUGCCCUCCAAAAUAGUUCAAUCUUGCUUCGUAUAUUGUUCUUUAUUCCCAGAAGAUUUUUGCACAGUUAAGGAACUUUAAAUAUAUCAAUUGAUUUGUGAGGGAUUUUUAGAUGAAUUUGAUGACACGGAUGGAGCCAGAAAUCAGGGAUUUAAUAUUAUCAGUACUCUCGUUCAUGCAUGUCUACUUGAGGAAUCUUCAGGUACUAGAUUUGUAAAAUUUCAUGAUGUUGUACGUGAUAUGGCCUUGUGGAUAACCAGUAAAAUUGGGGAGAUGAAGGGCAAGUUUUUGGUACAAACAAGUGUCGGUUUGACCCAAGCGCCUGACUUUGUCAAAUGGACGACGACGAAAAGGAUUUCACUUAUGGACAACCGAAUUCAGAAGUUAACAGGAUCACCCACAUGUCCUAAUCUCUCGACACUUCGUUUAGAUUUGAAUAGUGAUUUGCAGAUGAUAAGCAAUGGUUUUUUCCAAUUUAUGCCCAAUCUAAGAGUGUUGAGCUUAUCAAACACCAAAAUAGUUGAGUUACCAUCAGAUAUUUCUAAUUUGGUUUCAUUGCAAUAUCUUGAUUUAUCUGGUACAGAGAUAAAGAAGUUGCCAAUUGAGAUGAAGAAUCUCGUACAAUUGAAGACUUUGAGAUUGUGUGCAUCUAAACUCUAUUCAAUUCCACGAGGACUAAUAUCAAGUCUUUUAAUGUUGCAAGGGGUUGGCAUGUACAAUUGUGGACUUUAUGAUCAAGUAGCUGAAGGAGGCGUUGAAUCAUAUGGUAAUGAGUCCUUGGUAGAGGAAUUGGAGAGUUUAAAAUACUUGAUGGAUUUAAGUGUCACCAUAGCAAGUGCCUAUGUGUUUAAGAGAUUUUUAAGUUCCAGAAAGUUACCGAGUUGCACUCUAGGAAUCUGCCUCAAGAUGUUCAAAGGUUCAAGCUCACUCAACCUAUCAUCUCUCGAAAAUAUGAAACAUCUCUAUGCGUUUAUGAUGAAAGAUUUUGAUAGUUUGAGAGAGAUUAAGUUUGAUUGGGCAGAGAAAGGAAAGGAAACAGUGGGGUAUAGCAGUCUUAACCCGAAAGUCAAAUGCUUCCAUGGCCUUCGCAAAGUGGCAAUCAAUAGAUGCCAGAUGUUGAAGAAUUUGACAUGGCUUAUUUUUGCCCCAAACCUCCUAUAUCUUAAAAUAGGACAAUGUGAUGAAAUGGAAGAAGUGAUAGGUAAAGGUGUAGAGGAUGGAGGAAAUCUGAACCCAUUCACAAAAUUCAUAUGACUGGAGUUAAAUGGUUUACCCCAACUGAAGAAUGUGUACCAGAAUCCCUUGCCCUUUCUUUACCUUGACAGAAUUGAAGUAAUCGGGUGUCCAAAGCUGAAGAGGCUGCCACUCAACUCCAAUAGUGCCAAUCAAGGUAGAGUUGUGAUGGUAGGAAAGCAAGAGUGGUGGAACGAGUUAGAAUGGGAGGAUGAAGCUACUCUUAACUACUUUCCUUCCCAGUUUCAAAGCAAUAUAAGAACAAGGGGCUUAGGAUUUGAAGGAAUGGCAAAUGUUUGGGUGUUUGUUGUGGAUUUAAA